CGCCACGUGAAAAUAUAUUCACGAGAAGUUAGUAUAAGGUAAAUCGAGUUAGUAUCUAGGAGGUCUCGAGAAAGAUGUGGCAACCAAUCGGAAUACUCAUGUUCCUCUGUUCAUCAGGAGUGGUGUUGGCCCAAGAUAUGUCGAGCGAUGCCAUUCUGAAAACGGCGUAUUGUAUGUGCAAAUGCUGUGCAAAAGAUAAAAGUAGCUGUGUUCGACUCAGCUCGAGUGCAAACUACGAAUGCGGUGAAAGCAUGUGCAAUGAAAAUACAUGUGUUGUGUACGAGAAAGCAAGGUGCAAAUCGUUUUGCUUCUGCAAUAAAUGCAAAUCAGUACUUGAAAAAGACGAUCCGCGAUGUGCAACAAGAUUUCCACGUCCAGCAAAUUGCGAAUGCAAGGAAAAAAUUGAUUGUAAAAAACACAAAAAAAAACCGGAAAAACUUGAUAAAAUACUCAAAAACAAAGACGACCCAGAUUCUGAAUGUGCCAUUCCUUGCUACUGCAAAAAUUGUAAAGCCACAUUACCUCCUGAAAAUCUUAGAAUAUGUUUGGAAACGGAGGCACCUGAUUCACAUUGCAAAUGUGAAACCAUAAAAUGUCCCGGACCUGGAGUUAUAAAGAACUUGAAUAAGAUUCGGCAAGUGAGAAAGAAAAGGGAAGAAGAAAAAGACGAUAGUUUUAAUUUUUCAGAUGAAAUAGAUCUCAUUUUAGAUCCAGUAGAGUCCAAAGCUAUGAAAUGUCGGAUGAAAUGCCAAUGCAGUAUAUGCGCUGAUGCACACGACAACGUACAAGAAACGUGUGAAAGGUUACUGCCUAAACCUCCAAUUGAUUGUCCUGAAUGCGAUCCAGAUAAAGUUAACUGUCGCGAGAAUACAAUUGACGAGCAAUGUCGAGUUUAUUGUUUUUGCAAAAAAUGCAAGGACGAUUCUAGGAUCCCGUUCAAUUAUAAGAAAUCAUGCAUCGACGUAGUUAAUAAGCAGAUAGGUUGUCUCUGCGAAGGAAAGGGAGACGAUUGUGGCAUAAUAGAAAAAAUGUCUGAGAGAGGGACAGAAAGCUUCAAAACGACUAAGGAUAAAAAAAGAGCUAAAAAAGGGAAACUUAAAAAGAAAAAGCAGGACAGAGAUGAAUUAUAGUCAUUUUUGUUUUGAAUUAUUUAGUCAAUAAUUAGUCGAAAUACCGAUUAUUGCUACACACUUGAUAUGCCAGAUUACAUUGAAAUAUUUAUUGUAAAUCUUUGCAAAAAUCCUACACGCUUUUCACAAAUUAUACAAGUAUUAUUACAUUAGUCUAGGGAAUAUUUUGACGGAUGUAGUUAUUAUGAAUGCACUCAAGUCUGCACUAGUGACAAUAUAAAAUACCUCUGUGUGAAAGUUAUUUUUGUGGAGUAAGAAGUGUUGGCGGACUUCGAAUAUGUAUUGCCAGCAAAAUUUUAAAUUGCAUUGGUUUUGUAACUUUUUGUACUCACUAUAUUAAACGGGACUUUGAAAUUAUA